UGUAUAUCUUCAAAUUUAUUAGUGCUGAUCACAAGAAUUAAAAUCAUUCCUGGCGGGCGUUAAAACUCUCUUUUCUUUUCCUUUCUUUUACAUCAUAAUGUCCAUAAUAAUAUGCUUGUAGAACAACUAUUUAUCGAGUCCGAGAGUGACCAUACUCCCAUAGAGAUCUUAAUACAAUCAGAGCUUUCUAAAAAUCAACGGCCAAAACAAUCUGGUGUUAUUAUUGCCCAUCCAUACGGCCCUUUAGGCGGUAAUAUGGAUAAUAAUGUUGUUAUACGAUUGCAUAAACAUUUCUGUGCGAAAGGCUAUGUAUCUGUAUGCUUAAACUUCCGCGGCUGUGGACGUUCCAAAGGCAAGACCAGCUGGACUGGUCUUCCUGAGAGGGACGACUACUUAUCCGUUGUGAACUAUCUGUUGGAUUCCAACAAAUACCGAUCCUCUUCAUUUCCAAUGAUCACAGAUCUAAUCUUAUGUGUAAGGAUGAAUUGCCAAGGCUAGCAUUCUGCUUGCAAACUCAUUCACAUCUGUAUGGUUGUAGGGUUAUUCUUUCGGAGCGAUGGUAGCAAAUACAAUUUCUUGUACAAAAGUUCCAUCCCGUCACAUUUUGAUCAGUAUGCCUUUAGGAGUUACAUGGUUUUUAGCAGCAUGGAAAUCAGGCUUUUUCAAACAACCACCAAUACAACCUCAACCAGAAAAGACGUUGUGCAUUUAUGGCGAUCGCGAUCAGUUUACAGGCAAAACUAGGAUGGAAACGUGGUGCAAAUCUAUCACUGGCGUUUGCAUAAACGGUGGUGAUCAUUUUUGGAUCAACCGUGAGACAUCUUUGAUCAUGCAUAUCAAUGAUUGGAUGGCUCAGUUCAACUACGAGGAACAAUAACAACAGUUUUUCUCAGGCUAAAAAUCGUUCCUUUUUUUAUUACCUAUU